AUGGGACACAGCAGACAGCUCUGUCCGAAGAAGCUUAGGUACUUCAGGAAUCAGUAUCACCUGCAAAUGUCGGCCCGGGUGCCUCCAUCAAUCCUGGGCAGCUUGCUGCUGGCAGUCCUGCAGAGUGGAGAUGGGGACAGGGACAGAGGGAACCGAGGAGAAGGCAGGUGGGGAGGAGCCGCUGUGAUCUGCCCCGGAUGGGAUGAAGGCAGCGACGGCUUGCUGACUCACCUGCAGAGCCACAGUGGCCCUGCUUGGCAUUUGUGGGACAUCAUCAACCUGACUCGCAUCACAGGCGGCAGAGACAGUAGGGGGGAGGCCAGCGAGCAGAAGAGGGAGGAUCAAAUGGAAGAAGAGGCUUUGAACAUCAUCUCUUCCAGCUUCCUGCGCUCCCCCUCGCCAAUCUCCUCCGUGCUCCUCAUGGGAUCUGACCCGGAGUGUCUCUCAUCUGUCCUGCGGGCCGCUCAGCGGCUCGCGCCAUCACUUCCAGCUCUGCAGUGGAUCAUGGGAUAUCCUUUGUCCCCUGACUCACUGCACACUCUGGGAGGUCCCCUUGGACUGUUGGCCUAUGGGGAGGUUGGACGCAAACCGAUAAGCUUCUACAUACGGGAUGCUUUACAGCUGAUUGGUCGUGCGGUCACCGCUGCCACCUUGGUAAAGCCGGAGUUAGCUCUGGUUCAGAACUUGGUCAACUGCUACGACAAACCAAACAGGCAUGAACUACCAUCUUCUGGCCAGUAUCUUUCCAGGUUUUUGUCCAACAUUUCCUUCACUGGCUCCACGGGACUGAUCCAAGUGGACGCUUAUGUUUCUCGAGUCCUCUCCUCACAACUGUUCCACGUGUGGAGUCUUAAAAGAGGAGCGUUGGGUCAGCCAGCUUGGGUUACCGUAGGACAAUGGACCCGAGGUCGACUAGAGCUGGAGGGGGGCAUUUUGGGCCUGGUGGGAGGGCUCGGUAACAGCCAGGGACAAGGCCUUGGAGCUGGAGUGAGAGGAGGGGAUGGCCAGGGGGACGGCUAUUUUGGAGGACGCUGGAGGCCAGGACUCUCCGUCGAGGGACACCGCCUCCGUGUGGUGACGCUGGUGGAACACCCCUUUGUCUUCACACGGGAGGUGGAUGAAGACGGUUUGUGUCCGGCAGGUCAGCUCUGUCUGGAUCCCAAAACCAAUCGAUCCGACAUAAUCAACGGCCUCUUCAACCAGCUCCACAACCCUAACUCUACAGUAACGGACUGGGAAGGAGUAGACUUACCGGGGGACCUCAGAAAAUGCUGCUAUGGGUACUGCAUUGACUUAUUGGAGAAACUGGCAGAAGACAUGGGAUUUACCUUUGACCUUUACAUUGUGGGAGAUGGGAAAUACGGUGCACUGAGCGGGACGGGACGCUGGACCGGCCUUGUGGGGGACCUGCGGAAUGGAACAGCUGACAUGGCCGUCACCUCGUUCUCCAUCAACUCUGCCAGGAGCAGAGUCAUUGAUUUCACCUCUCCCUUUUACUCCACCAGUCUGGGCAUUCUGGUUCGUAGCCGGGACACGGCAGCGCCCAUCGGAGCCUUCAUGUGGCCGCUCCACUGGUCCAUGUGGGUGGGCAUUUUUGUCACGUUGCACCUCACAGCGCUCUUCCUCACCUUGUAUGAGUGGAACAGCCCGUUCGGCAUGACUCCCCAUGGCAGGAACAGGCUGCGUGUGUUCUCCUACUCAUCUGCCCUCAAUCUCUGCUACGCAAUACUCUUCGGACGCACUGUUGCCACCAAGACUCCUAAAUGCUGGACGGGACGCUUUUUGAUGAACCUUUGGGCUAUUUUCUGCUUACUGGUGCUGUCCAGCUACACAGCCAACCUUGCUGCAGUAAUGGUUGGAGAGAAAACUUUCGAACAGGUUUCAGGAAUUCACGAUGAAAAGCUCCACCAUCCCUCUCUGGGCUUCCGUUUUGGUACGGUGAGGGAGAGCAGUGCUGAGGAUUACAUGAAGAAGAGUUUCCCAGAAAUGCACGACUACAUGAGACGCUUUAACCAGCCCACGACUCCAGAGGGUGUCCACAUGCUAAAGACAGAUCCUCCGGCCCUGGAUGCAUUCAUCAUGGAUAAAGCCCUGCUUGACUUUGAGGUCUCCAUCGAUGCGGACUGCAAGCUGCUCACAGUAGGGAAGCCUUUUGCUAUUGAAGGGUUGGUGGUGUUGAAGACAGAGCCAUACUCUACAAACAAAAUCCUAGCGUAG